AUGGACAUAACAGCUCUUGGAACAAAUGGAUAUCUGCGUGUGCAUGACUUUGUUAUUCCUUUUCAAGAGAAAGGUGCACCAUUUUAUGAAGCCUCAAACUCGAGGUUUGCAAAACUCUCUAUAGGGAUUGAACCUGUACCAAGUGAGCAUGUGAUCGAUACAGAUCUUCCUCUGGAAGCCCUCAUGGUGCGGGAGUUUGCUAUUUUGGUUGCUGGUAUUAACAAAAAAAGAAAGACACAACUGGCGAUGGAUGGUGUCAUGGCAUCAAGUGAGAAGGGUUUUGAGCCUGUUGAAGUGGUGUCUUGA